GUUCUCGACACCACACACCAAGCAGUGGUGAUUCACAUCGUAUACAAUUACCUUGUGCUCGACUUCGCAAACCCGCUUGCCGUGGUGGACUCGGUGUGGUGUGUACUCCUCUUCUACAUCGCUCGACAUUCUAUCCGUCUUGACGUUGAGGAUAACCUGCAGGAGCGUCCCGGUAAGCGCGACGUAUAUAUAUCAGACCGGUCAGCUCAAGAGUACUCCUACUGUGAUCGCCGCAUUUGCUCAGACCGAGGUUGUGUUCAACGUGAGUUUCCGCUCGUGACGCUCCCUCGUGUCAACGCGCUCAUCAUCCCAAUGCAGGGCCUCUUAGCCCUCAUCCUCAAUGUGCAAGUCAUGGUUGUCAUGUGUAAACCCUUAUUCUUCAACUAA